ACAAGUUGGUAUCUUCGGAAGGCUAUAUAGGUAAGUUACUCGCUCAUUAACGACAGAACAAGUAAGGGCUUGCUUCUGUGAUCGUUUGGAAAGUGAAACAUGGGAAUCGUUAUCCUAAUCCAGGGCACUUGUAUAAUUCUUUCGCUUUUGAUUGAUUGUGGAAGAAGCGAACUGUAUCCAUCCAUUCAAUGGACAAGACAUAAUCCAAAAUUCGCAUCGAAUAGGACACAAUGCGUUCACCCAAUGUCUAAAGUGAUAUUCGUGUGCCCAAACACAGCUACAAUAGUAAAAAGACUCGUUCACAGUAGUUAUGUAGAUCCUCAGUACGAAAAUCUGUGGCUGGUCAGCAAACAAAGCUACGAGCGAUGUGUAAUAGAUACGACGACUGAUACAAGACUAUGGUUGUGCGAUGAACCGCUUAAACUGAAAUAUUACACCGUGACUUUUAAAAGAUUCAGCGCCAGCAAGGAGCCCGAAUUUCAGCCAGGAAAAUAUUACUAUUUUAUAGCAACUUCAGAUGGAAAAAAAGAGUCCCUCAACAGUUCGUCUGGUGGAAACUGUCGAACAAACAGAAUGAAGCUGAAAUUCUAUGUUUGCACAAGCAAAGCAGAUCCACGUUGCAAAAGUGAAGACGAGUGUAAUAGGGUCUCUCCAACACAAUCUGAAUUUACAUCCUCUAAGCUUGUCAGCCCGACAAAAACUGUUGAAUCUCAUUCAGAUCUCAACUCGUCUCAGCCUACCAGCCCGACAAAAGCUAUUGAAUCUUGUUCAACUCUCAACUCGGACAUAUCAUGUGUAAACAACACUCAUCCCAAGAUAAGAAUCAUCAGUCCUGAUGAUCCUGAAAAAGAAAAGGACGUAUUGCUAAGUACAUCAGGUCUUAAGAUUUUUAUCGGUAUUCUCGGGACUUUUUGCUUUCUUCUGUCCGUUCUUUCCAUUAUCCUGAUCUACAAGCUUCGCCGAAAAAAAAAACCUCCAGCUUCUUCGUCACGUAGCUGUGCUCUUUAGCUGAACGAAAGCAAUAGUGGCA